CAUCUCCGUCAGUGCGCAACCUCUGCUCCUCAUCAAACGCAAAGUUUGGCGACCCUUCUUCGAUUUCCCACAUACACCGAAGUUUCGACAGAUGGCCAACAAUCAGCCAGGCGGCUCGAUAUCCGCGGUGCAGGCGGCGUCAGCAGCCUCUGCUGUCGCUGCUGUCGCUGCUCUCGGCCGUCCCCCGUCAGCCGCAGCCUAUUCAGCGGAUCACCUCGUGUACUACAACAAGGAGACCGCGACCUGGCGUUUCGAAGACGAUGAUGGAAAUGAGAUGGAAUUCGACGCCACCAAGGGCUCCUGGGUCCCCGUGCUGGACGACGACCUCAUCAAGCGGCACCAGGCUGCAUACUCGGUCGCAGGCGUCGACGAGAACGCCCCGGCGGCGCCCGUGCUCAAGCGCGAGAGCAAGAAGAGGAAGGAGGUGGACUACACGUCGGCGACCGUGCCGGACGAGGGCCCAAGCAAGAAGAAGAAGAAGGACGCGGAGCGCAAGUCGAAGAACACGUCCGUAUACGUCACGGGCCUCCCCCCCGACACGGACUCGGACGAACUCGUCGCGCGCUUCUCGAAAUGCGGAGUGCUCGAGGAGGACGACGAGGGGGACCCGAAGGUCAAGAUGUACGCGCGGGAAGACGGCACCUUUAACGGCGAGGCGCUCGUGUCGUACUUCAAGGAGGACUCUGUCCUGCUCGCCCUCAACAUCCUCGAUGACGCCGAACUCCGGAUCGGCGAUCCUAGCACGCGGAUGUCCGUCAGCAAGGCCGAUUUCAGCGCGAAGGGCAAUGCCGGCCAGAGCGGGGACAAGCCGCGCAGGACCGUCGACAAGAAGAAGGCAACGAGGCGGAUCGGGAAGAUGCAGAAGAAGAUUGACGAAUGGAAGGACGAGGAUGGCUUCGGACCGCAGCUGGAGGUCCAAGACACGCAACCUGUAGCGAACAGGAAUAGUCGAGUGGUCGUGUUAAAGCACAUGUUCACGCUUGAAGAGCUCGAGAAGGACGCUACGCUCCUCCUGGACCUGAAGGAGGAGGUGCGCGAAGAAGCGGAGACGCUUGGGGAGGUCACGAACGUAGUUCUGUACGAUAAAGAGCCCGAGGGCGUGAUGACCAUAAAGUUUAGGGAUCCAUUGAGUGCUCAAGCCUGUAUCAUCAAAAUGAAUGGUCGCUUCUUCGACGGUCGACGAGUGGAGGCGUACCUGUACGAUGGCAGGCAGCGAUUCAGGCGUAGUAACGCGGCGGACGAUAUCGAUGGCACUGGGGACGAGGCAGAGAAGCGACGUUUGGCAAACUUUGAGGAGUGGUUGCUCAAUGAUGGCGACUAACCGCUGGUUCCUUUACGGACAACAAUCUACUCCCUGCUUGCUUCUCUG